AAUCUUAAUGACCUCUUUACUUUUGGCUUUUCCUGCAAAGAAAUUCUCCCACCCACCCUCUCGAUCCCUAUCUACUCCUAUUUCUUCACCAACAAAGUUUUGGACUACUGCCCAGAACCCAGUAUCCUGUACCCACCAUUUAUUUGUUGUUCUAGAGCCGUACCAAUAUCAAUCGUUUAUAUUGUUGCUCUUUUUAUGGUUUAUAGAGAAGAUAAUCUCAGGAUUGGAGUUGGGCUUCAGGAAUUGUUUGAUGUCAAUUUGCUAAUACGUAUAUAACCAAGCAUGAAACCAACAGGCUACCAAGCCGACGCUGGAAAAGGUGAUGAAGGGGAUUAUAAGCUUAUUCGAGAUGAAGAGGAUCACUUCCUUGGGUUAUAUGAUAAACCACUCCCAUGCUUUGGCUGUGGUAUUGGAUGGUUUUCGUUUCUGCUUGGAUUCGUAUUCCCACCGAUGUGGUACUAUGCUACGUUCCUUUACUUCACAAAUUACUACCACAAAGACCCUAGGGAAAGGAUUGGACUGGCCACUUCUGCAAUAGCUGCAUUGGUUUGUACAGUUGUGGCACUGAUUGUUGUGGCUGUGAUAUUGCUCUAGUGCUUGUUCAAGCCUUCGAAGGUUAAGGUUUUACAAUACCAUAAUCUUGUACUUGUGUUUCUCCCUUUUUAUAUACAAGCCAAGUAG